AUGGCAGUGGAAGAUGAAAGCGGAUCCAAGGGGUUUGAGCCACAUUCAUCCCAGCUAAUCGACGCCGAUGGAACUGUUCUCCUUGUUCCCAUCCCCACCACAGACCCAGCCGAUCCACUCAACUGGCCGAAUUGGCAACGUUGGAUUGUUCUCGCUUGUCUGGCAGUCUGGGCUGCCACUUGCUUGGCCGUUCAGUCAUUUCUCUCUAACAUCCUUCCGGGUGUUGAGACUGAUUUCGCCAACGCCUCUGCUAGUCAAAUCAACCUACUCGUCACCAUCAUCACCGCCAUUUGCGCUCCUUCUAGCUUGAUAUUUGUACCCCUAGUGGUUACUUACGGCCGUCGAUUUGCCCUAUUAGUCUCCAACAUCAUCCUCUUCGCCUCCGUAAUAUGGGCUGCAGUAGCGACUUCAUACAGCUCCUUCUUGGGCUCUCGCAUUCUGCAGGCAGUAGGGACUGCCCCAUCCGAUGCUAUUGUUUACAUAAUUCUUCAAGAUAUCACAUUCACGCAUGAACGCGGCAAGAUAAUGGGGAUCGUGCUCAACGUUGGUUACGCUGUCUUCUAUCUCCUCUCAACAGUCGUUCCUUAUAUGAGCACCUCGCCAAGCUACAAAGGACCCUAUUGGCUUUUCACUGGUCUUACUGCUCUCUGUAUGCUGGGUUUCUUUUUUUUCCUCCCUGAAGUGAGAUUUGAUCGCUCGGUUCAUGCAGAAAAUGAUACACACGUGCCGAUCACUGCUGCACAGCAUCAAGAACUCAAGAAGAGGCUGGCAUCGCAGAACAAAUCUUCACUCUCGGGCUUGACAUUUUGGUCCGGUCGCUCUAACGGUCCCGAAGGUGAUUUUUUCCUCAUCUACAAGCGUAUGGCUCGGUUACUGCGCAACCCGGCCAUUUGGUGGAAUGGUCUCAUGAAUGCUAUCAUCACAGGAGGCAUGGUUGCAUAUACGACAUAUUUUGCUAACCUUCUUUUUGCUCCACCGUGGUCUUGGAAGAGUGAAAAUAUCGGCCUGAUCAAUUUGGCAGGAGUGCCAGUGGCAGCGGUAAAUUGGGUGCUUUUCGGCUGGCUUAACGACCGCAUUCUCAUCGCUCUCGCAAAACGCAACAAUGGACUCAGCGUUCCCGAACACCGUCUAAUCAUGCUUGUUGUUCCCGUUGCUAUCGCUUUUGCAGCAUAUAUUGGCUUCGGCGCCCUCGCUCAACAUUACUUCGGCGCUGCCUCUGGAGCCUGGCAACCGAACUGGUUCGUCCUUGUGGUUUUGCAGUUCUUGAUUCUCAUGGCUUUUUCGGGUACUCUGGAAGUCACAUAUACAUAUAUGAUCUCCACGACUGAUCCGACCGAUUCGCUGGCUGCGGCAACAGUGGUAUCGAUCUUGCGCGGAGACGUGAGUUUUGGCAUGUCGCAUGGAUCGACUGCUUUCGUAAUGCGAUGCGGAUACUUGACGACCUUUUCAGUGUAUGCGAUGUUGACAGCCGUAUUUGGAGCGAUGGGUGUUGUGGAGAAGCUCUUUUUAGCAUCACAUAUUGCCUACGGAAAGGUCCUUGAUAAUUGA